UAAUAAAAGUCUUAGACCAAUUUUAAAUAAAUAAAAAACAAAUCAAAACACAAGGGAUGACCAAGGAGGGGAAGUAAAGCGAUGGGGAACAUGGCUCAGGAAGAAGAGAGCGUUAAAGCAACGCCUCUGGCAGCCAUGGCGGAGGCUUUCGAGGAGCUAUCGAAGUUGGUGAAGACAUGCCCCUCAUACCACCUUCGCUUGAUAACCUUCUGUGACGCCUGCUCUCUCGUCUCGGUUCUCUUUGGCUGCCUUGGCAUCGCUUUCAAAUUCGCUGAGUUGGAGUACGUCUCCAAGAUACGUGAUCUUUUGGAAGCAUCAAAAACAUAUGACACUUUAGAAGAUAUAAUCGACCGUGAUAUAGAAAAUAACACUGUGAGAUCAGCAGGAAGCCAUUCCCGAAAUUUACGCCGAGUUAGGCAGGGUCUUGACCUCAUCAGAGCUUUAUUUGAACAAUUUUUGUUAUCCGAUGAUUUCUCUUUAAGGGAAGCAGCUUCCGCAGCUUAUUCACAAGUUUGUGCACCAUAUCAUACAUGGGCUGUCAGGACGGCUGUUUCUGCUGGGAUGUAUGCUCUUCCAGUUAGGGAACAACUUCUGGUGAGGCUAAAUGAAAAUGGUCAAUCAGCAGAGAAGCAGAUGAGAAGGUACAUUAAUGCCUCACUUCCAGUUAUAGCGUACAUUGAUGAACUGUACAUGGCGAGGAAUAUCAGCUUGGAUUGGUGAUUUUAACCUGUUGUGGGAGGUGUCAGAGACUCCGAUACUACAAAAAGACCUCUUAUUUGGGCGGUAUACUUGUUCUGCUGCUCCAGAAUGCUAUAAGAGGGAAGACAACCAUGACGCAUCUCAACAGCAUUUUGUAGUGCUUCUCUGUUCCUUUUUGUUUCUAAUUUCGGAUUUGUUUUGCAUUCAUUGGUUCUAUACUAGUUCUAAAUUCAUUGAACUUGGGUAUUUUCCGCUGGUUGUGGCCGGGCAUACUCAAGAUAGGUAGCAUACAAGUAGAUGUAUAUGCAUAGAACAUGGAUUUGGCUCCCACAGUGUUUAUCCAACCAUAUGAUUACAUCAAUCCUUUAAAGAA